AUGGGUAAAGAAAAGACUCACGUUAACGUUGUCGUUAUUGGCCACGUCGAUUCUGGCAAGUCCACUACCACAGGACAUCUUAUUUAUAAGUGUGGAGGUAUUGACAAACGUACGAUAGAAAAAUUUGAAAAAGAAGCUCAAGAACUUGGUAAAGGUUCUUUCAAAUAUGCUUGGGUAUUGGACAAACUGAAAGCUGAACGUGAACGUGGUAUUACGAUCGAUAUCGCUCUUUGGAAGUUUGAAACUCCAAAAUACUAUGUCACUGUUAUUGAUGCUCCAGGGCAUCGUGAUUUCAUUAAGAACAUGAUUACUGGUACUUCUCAGGCAGAUUGUGCUAUUUUGAUUAUUGCUGCUGGUACUGGUGAAUUUGAAGCCGGUAUCUCUAAGGACGGUCAAACUCGUGAACACGCCCUUUUGGCUUAUACACUUGGUGUCAAACAACUUAUUGUCGCUGUUAACAAGAUGGACACAACUCAAUGGUCCGAAGAACGUUUCAAUGAAAUUGUCAAAGAAGUCUCUGGCUUCAUUAAAAAAGUUGGUUACAAUCCCAAGAGUGUCGCCUUCGUUCCGAUAUCCGGCUGGCAUGGUGAUAACAUGUUGGAAGAAUCUACAAACAUGCCAUGGUUUAAGGGUUGGACAAAGGAAAUCAAAGGCGGUUCUGCUAAAGGAAAGACACUUUUGGAAGCUAUUGACUCAAUUGAACCUCCAACAAGACCAACCGAUAAACCUCUUCGUCUUCCCCUUCAAGAUGUUUACAAAAUUGGUGGUAUUGGUACUGUCCCUGUAGGUCGUGUUGAAACCGGUAUUAUCAAGGCCGGUAUGGUUGUAACAUUCGCCCCAGUUGGUCUUACUACUGAAGUCAAGUCCGUUGAAAUGCAUCACGAACAAUUGGAACAAGGCGUUCCUGGUGACAAUGUUGGUUUUAACGUCAAGAACGUAUCAGUUAAAGAAAUUCGUCGAGGUUUUGUCUGCUCCGAUUCUAAAAAUGAUCCUGCCAAAGAAUCCGCUUCUUUCAACGCUCAAGUUAUCGUUCUUAAUCAUCCUGGUCAAAUUGGUGCUGGUUACGCUCCAGUAUUGGAUUGUCACACCGCUCAUAUUGCUUGCAAAUUCUCUGAAUUGCAAGAAAAAAUUGAUCGUCGUUCCGGCAAAAAACUUGAAGAUAACCCUAAAUUUGUUAAAUCUGGUGAUGCUGCUAUUGUCAAAAUGAUUCCUUCCAAACCCAUGUGUGUCGAGGCUUUCUCCGAAUAUCCUCCUCUAGGUCGUUUUGCUGUGAGAGAUAUGCGUCAGACAGUUGCUGUUGGUGUUAUUAAG